AUGGAGCUCGCACGGCACAUUGGAGAGUUGGCGCGACUCACGCGUCGCCUGCGGCACGUGCGGGGGGUGAAGGGGCGUGCGCAGCGCCUCCUAGCGUCCCCACGUUUCGCCCCUCCAACAGCCGCCCCUACCUCCUUCUCCUCGUCCCCCACUUCAGACACACGCGGCAGUGCGGCGGAGGGCGAUGAAACGGUGGAGGGGCGCCUUUCGCUGGCCCAACGUCGACAGCGCAGCGCCUCUCAGACGAGUCGCGAGGCCAACGUACGCGGGGCACGUGUGUUAGACGAGCUUCUGCUGCGCCGCAUCCCUGUUGCCGUUUCUUUGGUGGAGCGGAGCUGGGGCAAGCUGGUCCGCAAGCAGCGGGAGUGGAGUGCAAGGCGGGAGCGUGGGCAGGAGUCUGCAGUGCACCCGCACGACGCAACGAACGUAAAAAAUACCGCAGCAUCGACUGCGCUGUCGCUGCCGGAUAAUGGUGAGGAGAGCGAUGUUGACGCGAAAGCCUUUUCACGCGGUGAUGCCACGAGAUCAUGGAGACUUCAGGUGAUGUCAGACAACCAGGCAUUCACGCCGCUAGCCCGCUCCCCCGCCCCACCAGCGUCGCAGCAGCAGAUCGAGGCGGUGUGUCUGUUGCUGCAGCUUCUCCACUCGGUAGAGGAGGUACGGCGGCAGCACCUGCAGGAGAAGCUGAGCGCUGCGCAACACCGCUGCGACGCGGCGGACAAACUGUGGCAGAAUUUCCAACGCGACUUCGCAUCACAGCUGCGCUACCGCCACCGGUCCCCCGCGAAACACCAAAAAGGCGCGUUGCCGCUCCGUGCGGAGGACGCGGCGCUGCUGCACGAGACGGCCGACGCACUGCAGCGCCGCCGCCGGGUCGCGCGUGACGACUUCGCGCUCGUCCGCUCCUCUCUCCUCACUCGGUCGUUCGUGUCGGCGCGGCUAUGGCGGCUGCUGCUGCGAGAGUCGGUGUGGACGGCGGUGGUCGCGGAGCACAGGCGCGCCGCGGCCGCGUCGGCCGGGCCGUGCACCGCGGUCUCGCAAUCCACUGUACCUCCUGUGUCACGGCUGCUGCUCUUCUGCCUUGCGCUGACCCGCAUAGCUCUGGGCAUUCUGCGCGAUUACGUGCAAGGCGGCCAACUAAGUCGCCAAGCACCGCGCUUUGUUGUCUCGCUGCCUUCCCGAGCCUUUCGUGCGCGUGUGACGGCCGUUGAUGAAGAUGAUGGACGAACGCCGGUGAGUGCUGCCAUCAACGGUGGCGAUGAGAGCAGUGAAAAGACGAGGAAAGACAAGCAAAGUUCGGGCCAGAUGGAGGGGAUCAGCACGAGCGCUUCUGCAGCAUCACCCCCUCCAGCUGCCGCCGACGAGGAGCCAGAUCUGUUAUUUUCGAUGCUGCAGAACGCCGUCAGCACGUCAGACACCGCUUCCCACUUGCACGACGAGGUCGCCGCGUCCUCAGCUGUGCUUCACAAUGAGCACCGGCCCGCUCACAGCAACGCGCGGUCCAUGCGUUGGAUUCCGCCACACACCGCGGAGGUGAUGCCGCUCGUCACGGAUACCCUUGCCCUUCACAGCCUCGUUCUGCCAGAACUGGAGGUCCCUGCGCUGCUGGAGCUGGGGUGUGCGCCAGAGCUGAUGAGUUUGUGCGUUACGCUGCAGCACAUGGCCUCCAUGACGCUGACACUCGCACAAGAUGGCGGCCAUGCAAAAGAAAGCGACCGCAGCAACAGCAGGAACCGUGCAUCGCUGCACCGCACGCUGCAUGCGCUGGAGGACGCGAUGACGGCGGUAGGGGCUGGCGUGGUGGACCAACUCGUUGCGGAGUGUCAGACACCCGUGCAAGAGAGGCGAGACGGAGGGGCAACGGUGGCGGGCAGACUCGGGCGCCUCUCGCCGGCAGACGCCGCCCGUCUUGCGGUACAGCUUCACCGCCUUCGCCUGCUGCCGGCCGGGGACGCACGCGUCGCGCAGCUGCUUACGAAACUGCUGACCGACAUCUUUCCUGAGCUGCGUACGCAAACAAGUCACGUGCUGCAUGAGAAGGCGCGUCAGUCGUCGCUGCUGGCCUUCGCCACGCGACCCCACCGCCACAAACUCUACCAACAACACGGCCGCAAAAAUGCGGAAAAGUACUUGCUGGAGACGGUGGUGCAGCAGGCGCGACUGCAGCAACGCCAGCUCGCCGCCGCGCUCCGUGAGCAGCACGUGAACGAAGCACACGUGCAAGCACUCCGCACGCUUUCGCAGAGCCUUCCGCCGAACGAUCUCAUUGAACUCUUCCAGCUUUUCGCACGCCACGGUGUGGAAAGGACGGAAGGGCGGCACUCCGCGCCAACUGCGGCGGAUGUUUGGGUGGCCGGAUGUCUCUUUCUCGCCGAAACCGUUUUUAUCUCGAGCAGCGCACAACGCAGCGCUUCUUCUUCAGCGGUGGGACAGGAGUAUUCGCUGUCGCAGCUCGCGAUGCUCUGGGACGCAGCAACGAGUCUGUUUCCGCACAUCCGCACCCGACGCACGCAGCAGCUGGCGCAGCAGCGGGCCACGGCGCCGGGUCGUCCACGCGCGUUUUCGUCAGUGCACACGGAGUCUAUCAUUUGGUCUACGUUUGCAGCGCAGAUUUUGUCCGGGGUCAACGCGGCGCUGGCGGAGCGGCUGCAGACGUUGGAGGUGCAACGGCAGGCAGAGUCGACGGCAAUGCGGCGCAGCGGUGGGCAGCAGCAACGAGAGAUCUUGAAGAGGAAGGACGCCGCAGGCGGCGGCCUUCUCACCGAGCAAACAGUGUCGAUAAACUCCGUGGUGGCACUCGCAGCCGGCGUGCUGGAGUACGCCGACCAGGACGAGGCCGUGCGAGACGCAAGCGGUGGAGUUCUCGGGGAGUAUCGCAGCAACGCGCACGCCCCCUCCUCCCUGCAGCCUGUUCAGCAGUCCGUUCGCACCUUGGCUCGCCUCCUGCACAGCCUCGUCCUGCACGACCGCUCCCUAUGGCACCAGGUGCGUCGACUGCCUGCAUCGCAGCGAGACGCGGUGGAGCGGCAACUGCGGGAGUGCUUUCACUCCUUGGGGAUGUUGGACGAUACCACAACUCAGGCGCUAAGUGUGUUGAACCGCGAGGACGGCGUGGGUGUUUAA